AUGCGGUGCGCGAGCAAGGCCGCCGAGAGCGCGUCCGCACGUCUCUGUGCAGACGCCGAAGCAGAAAACGCUGCAACUGAUGUGUCAUCUGUUGCUGAAGCGUCUAUGCCUGCAUCACCUGGUGAUGCAGGCGCUAGUCAUGAAGGCACUCAUGUCUAA